AUGCCAAUCGUGGCAGCAUCUGGGAAAUCACGUCGGAAGAUCCGAUUUCCUCAGGGUACGCGACUGGCAACAUCAGAAGCAGCGGCAUCAUCACCAGACUACCAUCGCGGGGAAGCUUCAACAGCCCGCAUCCGAAACAAACCACCAACCAUGUCCACCGAACCAUCAAUCCCAUCCCUAUUCACAACCUUGCCCAUUCUCCAAGACUCCCUGCAGACAAAAACAAGCCAAGACCAAGACGAAACCGUCUCAAAAUGUCUUCCGUUUCUGACAGGCCGUGACGGCACGUUAAGGUCUAAUCUGAAUGAGUUUGGAUUGUCGCAUUUGAUGAAUGAUCAACAUAUUGAGUAUCUCUAUGAUUCGCUCGAAGACUAUCCAGAGGGGUUUGUGACGAUGGAUUCGAGUAGACCGUGGAUGUCUUAUUGGGCGCUUGCUGGGUUGACCUUGUUGGGGGAGGAUGUUAGCAAAUAUCGAGAGCGGGUGAUAUCUACAUUUACAGCCGCCCAGAAUCCUACGGGUGGGUUUGGAGGCGGUCAUGGUCAAAUGUCGCAUUUGGCAUCUACAUUUCCUGCCGUGCUGAGUUUGGCAUUGGUAGGAGGUGAGGAAGCAUAUAAGGUGGUUGAUCGCGGAGCAAUGUGGUCAUGGCUGGGACAACUUAAACAACCCGAUGGAGGUUUCCAAUUGGUUAUAGAUGGGGAAGAAGAUGUCCGAGGUGCCUAUUGCGCAAUGGUGACAAUAUCUUUGCUUAAUCUACCGCUGGAACUGCCACCAGAAGCCGAAGCGCGCAAAUAUGGACUCCGGACAUUCCUGGACGGUCUUCCAGAGUACCUGUCUCGAUGUCAAACCUAUGAAGGCGGGCUAUCCGGAAAGCCGGGUGCUGCAGAGGCCCAUGGUGCAUAUGCAUUCUGUGUGUUGGCAUGUCUGUGUAUCAUGGGUAGGCCAGAGGAUAUGAUAACGAGGUACAUGGAUAUCCCACUUUUAGUAUCCUGGCUUUCUGCUCGACAAUAUGCACCCGAAGGCGGGUUUUCUGGCCGUACCAAUAAACUCGUGGACGGCUGUUAUAGCCACUGGGUGGGCGAUUGUUGGCCUUUAGUGCAGUCAGCAUUGAACGGGCCCCAUCAGGAUGGAGAUGUCGCCCCGAAAGUGCCUCAGUAUUUGUUUAGUCGUGAAGGUCUUGCGCGGUAUAUUAUGAAUUGCUGCCAGAAUAAGAAUGGAGGUCUUCGCGAUAAGCCCGGAAAACACCCGGACUCAUACCAUUCAUGCUACACCCUAGCCGGACUGAGCACGAUCCAAUAUUACCAUUACCAAAUCGAGCAGGGACCAGCCACCUCACGCAUAGAGGGAAUAUUCGCCUCGUCAUUUUCAUGGAAAAGUGCACCUGCCAAGAUUACCAUAGAAGAAGACGACAAAGCCAGCAGUGACAUUAUAGACAAGUGCGACCGACUCGUGGCAUUUCAUCCGAUUUAUACGAUUCCGCAUAAAAAUGCGGAGGCGUUGCGGAGGUGGUGUGAGGAGCGGCCUAUAUAG